GAUGGGCUCCAUGAGGUGACACCUCUCCCCAUGAAGUGACUGUCUCUGUUUCAGCUUCAUCUAAGCACCAGAUCCUGAGCUGAUGGCACACCUGCCCCGUGCCCAGGUCCCAGCUCCUCGAACACAGCCUGACCUCAUCCCGGCUCAUCCAGUGCUGGCCCUGUCUGGACGAACCCCAAGUGUCCUCUGCUUGGUGCCCUGGGAUGCCUGUGAACUCCUGGCCACGGCUGUGCGGUGGAAGACACGGAUUCCUUGGGGGGUUUUCCUUAUCUCUACGACUCACCCAGCUGCUCCCAUGCAAAUCCUCAUUUUAACUCUGGAUCCCAAUGAAGGAGAGGUGUGUUGUAAGAAGAGGAAACCUGGGCUGGGCUCGCCUGGACAGACAGGAAGAAACCGAGAGGGGAUGACGACGGCCACCUGCAAGCCAGGAGAAAAGGCCUCAGGAGAAACCAGCCCUGGGACACCCUGAUCACA